GCAAGUACUCUCUCUCUCUCACACACACAUACACACACACUGUUCUCUACGGAAACGGUAUUUAAAGUUAAGCUGGUGUUUUCCCGGACAGGCCGGCCUGGCAGCACCGAGUACGCGGACGCGAGCGCAGAAUGUGAGCGCUUGUGCUCCGCCUCUGUGUCUGAGUGAACCGCUGGAGCUGCUGCAGGGCGCCUGUAGCCGGAACACCGCUCACUUCAUCACCGCUCACUUCAUCACGGCCCACUGGAUCCGGGCACUCAGGGCAGCAGAGCACAGGAACAGAGACGUGAGGAUAAAUAACCUUAAAAGAUGCGGAUCCUUUCAGCCUGCGCAUUCUGAAUCUCGGCGCGCGCACACAGACAUACUCUGAGUCAUGUCUGAGAUGGAGGGUCGCAGUGAUUCAGGCCUAGCUCCCGGGCAGGUCUAUGUGGAAGUGGAGUAUGAUUAUGAGUACAAGGCCAAAGACAGACUCAUUUCCAUACGUCAGGGCGAGUGCUACAUGCUGGUUAGGAAAACCAACUCUGACUGGUGGCAGGUGAGGAGGGAUGACGGCACAAAGGCGUUCUAUGUGCCCGCGCAGUAUGUGCGGGAAGUGCGUCGGGCGCUUGUUCCACCCCCUAAACCACGCAUCAAGCCCCCCAUCACGCUGCCCAUCACUCUACCCAUAACACAUUCCCCCUCAGCCAGUGAAAACCUGCAACAGCGGGCAGCAUCGGAUAUGGUCAGCUUCGGACGGCCGCCACCUUCUACGCCUUCCCCGUUACCAGAGCAACAUACGCCACCCUUACUGCUGCGGGACUCCAAUCAGAAUGCAGGGAUGAAAGACGUGCUCGCAGAGCUCGCUCUGCUCAACAACAACAACCAUCAUAACCAUCACCAUGGCAACUCGGUGCUGCUUCCGCGCACCAGGCCCGAGUCGCCAUCCAAAGAGCCGCCAGGUUGCCGAGGGAAACCCCAAGGAGUGUCACCGUCGGAUACAGAGGGAUCAUCACCAGGAAACGGCUCGGAGGCGUUGCGUAACGAUUCGGAAUCAGGAGACGAGCUGAGCAGCAGCUCCACAGAGCAGGCACAGACGGUGUCUCCCAUUGGCCAUGGUCGUCCAGAGUCCCCUGUCUACACCAACCUGCGGGAGCUGAAGGUAUCUCAGUCAGUUUUACCUCCUGUUCCUUCGUCCUCUCCUCUGCAUGUAGUGGGGGACUGGGAAACCCAUAAGGACGUGAACGGACGGCAUUUCUACUUCAACAAGACUAGCCAGGAGAGGACGUGGAAACCACCGCGCUCUCGGGACACCGGGGUCUGCCGGGGCGACAACGCCAACACCACUGACAUGGAGCCGCUGUCGUCUGAGGAGAACUGCUUGAGCACACACUCGAGUCAGUCUGACAGUCAGUAUGGCUCACCCCCUAGAGGCUGGUCUGAAGAACUGGAUGAACAUGGUCACACUCUUUAUGUGUGCGAAUACAAUAACGAGAAGUGGAUAAAGCAUGUGGAUGAGCAGGGCAGGCCAUACUAUUACAGCGCUGAUGGAUCCCGCUCUGAAUGGGAACUUCCUAAAUACAGUCUCACUUCUCCAAACACCACUGAAGUUCCUAAAAGUCGCAGUUUGGAAAGGAAGCACCCAGAUCCAAUAGUCCUGACCAAAUGGCGAUAUAGCACCUUCGUAGACCUCAGUGACAAGCUGUCAGUCAAAAAUAGGCGCUUCACCAUGGGACACUUCUCCAGAGGUCUCGGCCUAUCAUUGUACCGAUAUCAAGAGUCUGGGACCAACAAACCUAACUCCCCCGACUCUGACUCCUGGCCUUCUUCACCUAAACACUGCCCUACACUGUCAGAAAAAUGCGGAGUCCUGAAUGUCACCAAGAUCACUGAACAUGGAAAGAAAGUCAGGAAGAACUGGACAUCGUCCUGGACGGUACUGCAGGGUUCCACGCUGCUCUUUGCUAAGGGUCAGAACAGCGCCACCAGCUGGUCGUACUACCGCAAUGGCUCAUUCCCUGAGCUCCUCCUCUCGUUGCUAAGCAACUGGAAGCGUUCAGUUAAGCCUCGUCCUGCAGUCUCCUAUAAAAACUUUGGGCCUCAUUCUUUUGGAGGAAACCAGUCGAAGCCAGAAUUUGCUGUGGAUCUGCGUGGCGGGUCAGUGGAGUGGGCAUCUAAAGACAAGUCCAGCAAGAAGCAUGUUAUUGAGCUAAAGACGCGUCAGGGAACAGAGCUGCUGAUCCAGUCGGAGAUAGACAGCGUCAUCACAGACUGGUACAGGGCUCUCACUGAGGUUAUCAAUACACAUGCCUGGGAGUCAGAUGAGGCUAUUGAAGAGGACAUGCCUGAGUCUCCAGGAACAGAGAAACAAGACAAAGAAAAAGAACACAGAGAUUUCAAAAAAAGCAAAGCAAUGAAGAGUGCCGCUAUGGAAUCAGCUGAUCAGAAGAAGACCAGAGUCAAGCUUAAGAAAUUCCUCACUCGACGACCGACCUUACAGGCUGUCCGAGAUAAAGGCUACAUUAAAGAUCAGGUGUUUGGGUGCAGUAUUACCAGUCUCUGUUCCAGGGAGAACACCUCAGUUCCCAACUUUGUCCGAAUGUGUAUUGAGCAUGUGGAGAGCGCAGGCUUAAAUGUUGAUGGAUUAUACAGAGUCAGUGGAAAUCUGGCUGUCAUUCAGAAACUGCGCUUUGCUGUCAAUCAUGAUGAGAAGGUGGAUCUAGCAGACAGUAAAUGGGAGGAUAUCCAUGUGAUCACUGGUGCGCUGAAGAUGUUUUUCCGGGAGCUUCCAGAGCCCCUUUUCACCUAUUCCUACUUUAAUGACUUUGUUAAUGCCAUCAAAAACUCGGACUACAAGCAGCGACUUCAGGCCAUAAAAGAUUUAAUCAAGCAGCUGCCAAAACCAAAUCAGGAGACAAUGCAAGUCCUGUUCAGACAUCUGAAAAGAGUGAUUGAACAUGGAGAGGCGAACAGGAUGACAACUCAGAGCGUGGCUAUCGUGUUCGGCCCGACCCUUCUGCGACCCGAGACCGAAACCGGCAACAUGGCCGUCCAUAUGGUCUACCAGAACCAGAUUGUAGAACUGAUCCUUCUGGAAUAUGACAACAUAUUUGGCAGGUAGAGGGCCUGUGGUCUGUACACUCAAGCGCUGCUUCUCCAAAAAUAAUGCCAACCCAUGACCACUGCAGAAUCAGUCAUGUAAAAGCAAUGGCAUGCUUCAAUUUCUGUGGACCAGGCUUUAAUACUGAACAUAUAAAUACAAGAAUAUCUGCAUUAUAACAUUGUUAAGUCGUUGAAAUGUUAAAAGGUACUUGAUGCACUUCCUGCUUUUGAAGAUGUGCAGCUAUUUCCCUGGUUUACUAUUCCUGAAAAGGAGCUGCUACUCCUGAUAUAUAAGAAUAAGCUGGAUGGACUUGUUCAUUUGUUUGGCACAGUGGAUCAUCAUUUGUUUUUUGCUCUAACUGGAUGUUACACUUUUAUCUAUACCAGUAUGGAUGACUUUGCUGUGGGCUGAGCAUCACGGAAUAUGAGAAUAUUUUAAGUGUAUGUAUAUAGUGAAUACUGAAGUAAACCUGAAACUGGUCUGGAGUUUCACUUCUUCCCAUUAUGGGCAAAUCUGCACUUCUGAACAUUUUUUUCCCUGAAAUAACGUGAAAAGUAAACAUGAAAUGCAGUAUUGCUUCUCAACAGCUAAUCUGUGGAUGGAAAGUGAGACAUUAUUCAACAUAAAUUUGAGUAAUGGCUUAUCGUCAGUAUUACAUGUUACAUAAUUGAACUCGAGAAGGAUUUACUUGGCUUACUAGACAUGGUUUCUUCUGGUUCUGCUUGCCGAGCUUAUACUAUCUGCCAUUUUGACUGCAAUUUCAUUCUAUGAUGAAACUGGAAAGAUUUUCUUCCACAACUGACUACUGGAUUACUGAUCUGUUCAUCUCCUUUUGGCAGCAUUUCACCCAGUAUGGUCACAAAAGGCUCCAUGAGCUCUGGGGAACUCUCCACUGUAACACUCUAAUCAAAUAACUGGAUUACGGAAAUGUUAGGAUAUGGAAGUGAAAGUAGGACAUGGUCAGGUUUCUUCUCUGUCUAAGAAGGAAAAAAAUAAACAGGUUAACAUAAUUUAAGAUUUGGUUGCAUCUCUCUUUCUCUCCUGCCUACAUUAUUUUUUUUAUUAUUAUUAUUUUGUAAUUCUUGGUCCAUACACUACUCUCCCAAUACUUUCCCCACUCCUGCAUUACUGGAAUUUGAAAGUGGAGAUGUUUUCGUUCGGUCCUAAUGCUCCUGUUUCAGAUCAAUAUAUCUCACCAUCUACUUCUCUCUCUCUCUCUCUCUCUCUCUCUUUCUACAUCAGUAUGAAAAGAAAAAGGCAGGGUUGUACAGGAAAUAGUGUUUAUGGUGUGGUCAUGCUGCACAUGCUUUGUUCAGGUACACAUUAUGAAAAAGCCUUUUAUACAGGAGUUCCAAAAUAUAUGUACAGACUACGAUUAAAAAAAAUUGAAAUCUUUUGAAGUGCAAAAGAUUUCCCUAAUAUUGUAUAAUAAAUAUUAGAGUAAUUAAUGAGAUAUCAAUUGCUUCAGAUGAAGGGUUGUAUUGCAAUGCAUUGUGAACAGCACAUUUGAAUGUAAUUGUGAGACUAACUACUGUUUCUGACAUUGACAUGUCUAAUCCUAAAUAAAAAAGAUGUUACAUGCAAACUA